CGGCAAAAAAUGGGCUGCUCAUUUCUAAUCCUUGCCAUGCGAAUCUUUUGCUUCAGCGCCAUCAUAGCCCUCGUCCUCUUCUUACUCGGCGCAGGCACUCUAAUUAUUCUCCACAUCUUGAUCAUUGCCAGGGCUUGCCGGCAAGCUCUCAGAAGUCUUGUUAAUGGUGGCGAAGGAUUCGUGGGCACCGGCAACGGGCUGUCUGUCAAAGAACUCGAGAAACUCCCCGGCUUUGAAUUCUCGACGCCGGAAGAGAAGGGGGGCGCCAACUGCUGCGCUGUUUGCUUGGAAAGUUUCGAGUUUGGAGAUCGAUGCCGGCUGUUGCCUGCUUGCCAUCACAGCUUCCAUGCUCGUUGUGUAGAUUGUUGGCUGGUCAGAAGCAGCAUCUGUCCAAUUUGCAGGUGCAGCCAGGUCGCCGGAGGGGCUGGCAAUGAAGUGGUGCCAAGUUCUGAUUAAUUCUUCGUUGGUUGGUAUAAUUUUUUGGAUAUUUAUUAUUGUCUGCAAGGAUCGUGUCUCAGAGUUUAUUGAUGCAUAUG